UUAAAUUUUUAAAAAAAAGCAAAUUAAAUACGAAAAUUUGAAAGUAUUCAAGCAUUAUUCACAUGUUUUAUUUAAUGGUAUUUCUAUUCAAAUUUGAUUAAUUUUAUAAAAAUCAAUGAAAAUGUCUCUAAAGCUCCAUUAAAGAUAUCAGUAUCGGAUUACAGAUUGCGAGGAAAUUUAUCCUACUAAGUGCACCCAGAUGACAUUGUAUGGAUUUACUUAUCUUAUUUUUAAAGAUAUGGCUAAAAAAAAGGAUGUAUGCUGGUAAUGAUAAAGCCUGAAGACCUUUGGCUUGAAAAUAUUUAAUCAGAAAUCCGAGUGGGUGAACAUAAAAGCGAAACAUAUCAAGGUCGUUCUCAGUUAUCUCAUCAAGAAUUGAAACCAUGAUGGACGAAAUGAAAGCUCCCCCAUAUGAUCAAUUUCCAGGAAUUGCAGUAUGCCCAACUGGUCCCACACAAGAAAAUCCCGGAUACGUGCCGGACGAAUAUCCAGGAAAAGAAGGUAUUGUGAUGCCACCUACAGCUCCUCCUUUAGAAAUGCCACCACAAGGAGAAAGAAUGCCACUUGUUGAUCUAGGUACUCUAUCGGAUCAAGAUGUGCGAGAAGCAUGCCAUCAAUUCGUCUCUGAGCAUUGCUGUUAUGGCAGAAGAUUCAUUCGAGACACACUAUUGCCAGAAAUAUUUAAUGGAUGUAUAUAUCACUAUCAGUUAGAAACCUUCGGGGAGAAAAGAGAAACAGUGGAUCGGCAUGAACCUUUCAAAGGUCAGUACAUAGACGGUCCCCAGAAUGGCAUACCACCACAACCCUGGGACAUCCAAGUGCCUAUAUUAUCACUAUUCAUAAACAGUCAGGUCAAAGUCGAGAUUCCUCACACGGCUUACGUAAAGCAGUGCGGCAGGUGUGUGGGAAAUUGUAGGGUACGGUGCGAGUCCUGCUACGGACGAGGAGGGAGCUCCUGUAUCAGUUGCAGUGGAAUGGGGCGACGUGAUGGUCAGCAGUGUACCAGUUGUUUUGGUACAGGUCGAAGACGGUGCUGGAACUGCAGUGGCUCGGGCCAAGUUAAAUGUGGUACAUGUGAUGGAAGGGGAAAUUUAAGGCAUUUCAAGCUGCUCCUCGUGACCUGGACGAAUCACGCCGAAAGCUACAUCACGCACACAUUUAAACUGCCGAAACACUUAAUUUUAGAAGCCUCUGGUAAAGAAAUUUUCCAGGAAGAAAAUCCUAGAGUUUUUCCAAUAAAUCAUGCCAGAGAUGACAGUGUUAACGAGGCUUCCAAAAUCAUGAUCCAAAAGCAUUCGACCGCCUUUCCUCAGGAAUUGAUUAGGCAACAGAGGCAUACUCUUCGAGCUGUUCCUUUAGUGAGAGCAACAUAUGCUUGGAAGAACAAACAGGGGGAAUUCUAUGUGUACGGUUUUCAGAAGAAAGUCUACUUUGAAGAUUAUCCACAGAAGUGCUGUUGCUGUACUUGUUGCUAAUUUGACAUUUCUUCACUAUUGUCAAUUGUAGUUCAAGUUCAGAGUAAAGGGAAAAUAAACAUUAUCAUCAUUCGGAGAGUUUAAAUAUAUAUAAAUAUAAUUUAAAACAGCGAGAAUCUCCGUUAUUUAAAAAUGGUUUGGAAUCGAAGAAAUCGAAAUGAUAUUCAAUGAUGUACAAUGAAAUGAUGUAAUGAAAGUAUUAUCAGAACUAAUGAAGCUUUCUAAUAGUUUCAAAAACUUUUAAAUGCAUAUUAUGAGAAUUCUGUUGUUAAAGUCGCUCCAAGCCUUAUAUCAAAAAUGAAAUUGAGUUGCCAUUAACAGCAAAUAUUCUCAUUUCAUCAUAAUACUGUUGUAUGAUACUGACAGCAUAAUACUGACUGAAAAUAUCUACAUUCUGUUUAAAUAGUUAUGAAGAAUGCUAACUUUAUUUAUUGCUUAAAAUAAAUAAGCAAAAUUAAAUUUUAUUGAUUCGAAAUUGCUAUUUUGCUAUUGAUAAAAAAAAUGUGAAAAAAAAAUUGUUUUUGGAGUUUUUCAUCUUAUUAAAAGAAAAAU